UGCGCACACAAGCGGGCAGUGCGAAUUGUUCUUCCGGGACAGAUCGGGCAGUGAACGUACMAGACCUGUGACUGUCUGCUCACACUCACUGCAAACAUCAAGUUUCUCCUAAACGUCUCAAGCUGAUUGAGUGUAAGGAUGGAGCCUGCCUGCCGUAAGGAUAAACCCAAGCUGAACUCCACCCCCACCAGAGGAGACAGAGCUAAGCAGAAGUCUGCCCAGCAGGACCUCAAACAGAGACAGAGGGUCGAGAUCUACGCACUGAACAAGGUGAUGACAGAGUUGGAGCAGCAGCAGUUUGAAGCCUUCUGCAAACAGAUGCAGUCACAAGAAGACUGAUGAAGAUCCCAUUGACUCAUCCUCUGUUACCUUGGAGAAAACGCCACACUUAUCCUUACUUUCACUUUCAUUCCCAGUCACUUUGAUGUGUCCCAGGAGUGUGUUUCUGCUGGGACGUUCAGGACAGACUUUGAUUUCAGGUACAGGAAAUGCAUCAGUCACAGGUGAUGCAGUACUAUUCAGCUGUGUUUGUUAAUAAUCACAACAGGAAAACAAAGUGAGGGAAGAUGUUGUGUAAAUGCCCUACAUCAAACAAAACACUCACUUAACAGCAGACAGGAGUAUUUACCUUUUUAUCUAUUUGUUGUUUUCACAUUGUGAAAUUCUGUUCAGUGUUUUUUAUUCUACAUCAGGUCUAGGUUAGGAAAAGCACUCACCAGUUUUUAUUUUUAGAUCAUUUAUUUUUAUGCAGUGUAUUCACAGUCUAACGGAGAGAUAUCUGGAGUUCAUCAGUCAGUUUGACACAUGGCAUGUAGGAAACCUUUUAUUGUUUCUCCGCCCACAGGACAGCACGUUCUGCAGAGACCCCUACUUGUCACAAUCCGGAGCACCCCAGUCCCAGUCACCAUGUCUUGUACAUCAUCACUGUUACAGUGGGAUAUCAACAAUUCUUGUUUACACUGCAGAGGAUAGAAACACUGAUUCUCUUCCUGUUUAAAUUUAUCUAAUUACUAGGAGUGCAACAAAACAUGUACCUGUAUCGAACCGUUCAGUACAGACUUGUAUCGAACAAUACAGAUUUUAAAAAUUUA